AUGACGGCGGACAGCUUUUCAGCAGAACGUGAACACACUGCCGAAGUGGGGGAUGAUGCAACUCACAUCGCAGGCAUUAUUGCUGCUGCUCCGGAAACAGGAGCAGUUCCCGGCUGCGCCCCAGAAAGCCGAGUGCUGUCUGCGGCAUUUGCCGAUUCGGCGGGAAGGGGAACGACAGCUUCGCUUUUGCGCGCCAUCGACAGCUCCAUAGAGCAAGGGGUGUCUGUGCUGCUGAACAGCUGGCAAGCAACAGCAGCAGCAGCAGCAAGCAGCAGCAGCAGCAGCAGCAGCAGCAGCAUAUAUCGGGCCUUGUCUUUUGCUGCUAAGGCCAACGGAGGAAAGGGAAUUCUUAUUAUUAAUGCAGCAGGUGGAAGUCAAAAAGAAAUCGACGAAGGCACCACUUUAUAUCCCAUCUCCCUCGGCAUAGAUAACACCAUCAACGUUGCUGCUCUGUCGCCGAGCGGGUCACUGGCUAGCUAUAGCAACUACGGGGCGUCUGUACACCUGGCGGCUCCUGGGGAGAAGAUUUUGUCUUCAGCUACAAACAAUGGACAUAAAAUCCGAGCAGCAACUUCUGCUGCUGCUGCUUUUGUUGCAGCUGCGGCGGCGCUGGUGUUUGGAGUGUUCACUGAGUUUAGAAGUGCAGCAGCAGCAGCAGAAGUGAAGGAACUUUUGAAAGCAACAGCAGCAGCAAAAGAAACGCUGCAGCAGCACACCCAGUGGGGCGCUGCUGUCGACGCCGCCGCCGCCGUCAUGGCUGCACAACUUGGGGGGGCUUUCAUUCAAGUGGACUGUAUGGACAGGAAGUUUCUUUUGAAGCCAAGAGAGUCUCGAGUGGUUUCUGUUUAUGUGCGGGCUUUUAUUCCCGGCGAAUUCAAGGCGUUUUUGAACGUGGGAGUGAGGGCGGCGAAGCAGUUUUCGGGAGAAGCAAAAGAAGGCCAAAUUCCAAUUUGGUUUAACAGUUUUAAAUUCAUAAGUGCAGAAGAAAUAGAAGAAAACGAUUUGACAUCCUUGGAAGCAGAAACAGCCUUCGAGGAUCUGCUGCUGCAGCAGCAGCAGCAGCAGGGUGACCCUGCUGCUGCUGCUGAAGACCAGCAGCAGCAGCAGGACUCAGAAAACUAUGGGGAAGGCGAAAAAGAUGAUCUCGAAGACUCAGGAGAAAUAAAUUCGCAAAAAGAAUUCGAAAAUGAAAAUGAAAAGUUUUGCAAAGUGCAAGACGGUUUCGUGCAGGUCAUCAGUGUGCGCGAUCUGCUCGGGGAAGAAGAACCCGAAGAAGGCUUUGGAUACACCGGAGCGAUCGUAGCCGGAGCCAGCAUUUCCUUUUUAGCCAUCGGAGGCGUUUUCUAUCUUGUCCAAAAUAAAAU